AUGGCAAGGGCUCUGCUUGGGGUCCUGCUCCUCUUGGGGCUUCUCGGCAGAGGUGUGGGGAAGAACGAGGAACUGCGUCUUUAUCACUAUCUCUUCGACAACUAUGACCCAGGAAGCCGGCCAGUGCGGGAGCCUGAGGAUACUGUCACCAUCAGCCUCAAGGUCACCCUGACGAAUCUCAUCUCACUGAAUGAAAAAGAGGAGACUCUCACCACUAGCGUCUGGAUUGGAAUCGAUUGGCAGGAUUACCGACUCAACUACAGCAAGGACGACUUUGGGGGUAUAGAAACCCUGAGAGUCCCUUCAGAACUCGUGUGGCUGCCAGAGAUUGUGCUGGAAAACAAUAUUGAUGGCCAGUUCGGAGUGGCCUACGACGCCAACGUGCUGGUCUACGAGGGCGGCUCCGUGACGUGGUUGCCUCCGGCCAUCUACCGCAGCGUCUGCGCAGUGGAGGUCACCUACUUCCCCUUCGAUUGGCAGAACUGUUCGCUUGUUUUCCGCUCUCAGACGUACAGUGCCGAAGAGGUGGAGUUCACCUUUGCCGUAGACGACGACGGCGAGACCAUCAACAAGAUCGACAUCGACACAGCGGCCUAUACUGAGAACGGCGAGUGGGCCAUCGACUUUUGCCCGGGAGUGAUCCGCCGCCACCACGGUGGCACCACCGACGGCCCAGGGGAGACUGACGUCAUCUACUCGCUCAUCAUCCGCCGGAAGCCGCUCUUCUACAUCAUUAACAUCAUCGUGCCCUGUGUACUCAUCUCGGGCCUGGUGCUGCUCGCCUACUUCCUGCCAGCGCAGGCCGGCGGCCAGAAAUGCACGGUCUCCAUCAACGUCCUGCUCGCCCAGACAGUCUUCUUGUUCCUCAUUGCCCAGAAAAUCCCAGAGACGUCUCUGAGCGUGCCGCUCCUGGGCAGGUUCCUUAUUUUCGUCAUGGUGGUCGCCACGCUCAUUGUCAUGAAUUGUGUCAUCGUCCUCAACGUGUCCCUGCGGACGCCCACCACCCAUGCCGUGUCCCCGCGGCUGCGCCACGUUCUCCUGGAGCUGCUGCCACGCCUCCUGGGCUCCCCGCCGCCCCCCGAGGCCCCCCGGGCCGCCUCGCCCCCAAGGCGGGCGUCGUCGGUGGGCUUAUUGCUCCGCGCGGAGGAGUUGAUACUGAAAAAGCCACGGAGCGAGCUCGUGUUUGAGGGGCAGAGGCACCGGCACGGGACCUGGACGGCUGCCUUCUGCCAGAGCCUGGGCGCUGCCGCCCCUGAGGUCCGGUGCUGUGUGGAUGCUGUGAACUUCGUGGCCGAGAGCACGAGAGAUCAGGAGGCCACCGGCGAGGAAGUGUCCGACUGGGUGCGCAUGGGGAAUGUCCUUGACAACAUCUGCUUCUGGGCUGCUCUGGUGCUCUUCAGCGUGGGCUCCAGCCUCAUCUUCCUCGGGGCCUACUUCAACCGAGUGCCUGAUCUCCCCUACCCGCCGUGUGUCCAGCCUUAGUGCGCCCCGACUUCAAUUUCCCACCCCUCUCCAGUAGGAAAUUGAUUUUGAAAAAGUAGGCUGCCGCCACCAUGGCCUUAUGAUCCCUUCCCCCUGCUGAUCAAUCUGCAUUUUGUGAACUUCACAAGAAGAAUGGUGUGUGCCCACUCCUUGGCGUGUGUAGGCCUGGCCGCAGUCCAGGGGUCAGCAGGAGGAAACGGUUCACACAGGCUCUCAGGUGCCAGUCUUCGAGAAAGCAAGGACUGCCCUUCAUUCAGCCUUGCUGACUUCUCAGGCUUUCUCAGGCCCAGCCCCACGGGACUCUGGUGGCUGCCAGCUUGUGAGCUAUCUAUAUUCAUAACCAAACAGGAGACCUCUUUGCAGGACUUGCGCAUAGGGAGGCUGGAGCCAGGAACCCAUCUUCUUCCCUGGUCUGGCUCUGCUGGAGCGGGUGGGAACUAAACACCUUCAGUGCUGUGGCCCUCAGGCCCACAGGUUUAGGGCUGAGGCUGCCCUGGCCCUUCCACAUUCAUUUCUUCCGGGCUUUCUUGGCCCAGCACUGCCCAUCCCACCCCAUGAAGCUCACUCAUUGCAGAUCCCAGCCCACCCUGUCCUCUUCCCCAGCCUGGAGGCUCUCUCUGCCUAGUAUACAGGACUGACAGCAAGAAAACGCGGCCUGCAUGGUGGGAGCUGGUUGAAUUGUCUUUAUUAACAAACAGGAUAUCCAAGGCCACUACAUUGAGGAGGGGUGGGGGGAGGGAGGAGGAAGAUUACUUGCUGCUCACACUAUAUACAGAUGCAAGCACGGGGGUGUGGAGAGUGAGGGCUCCCUGCUCCCUCCCCCCCUCCCUCCACCAGGGAAGGGCAUGGGCUAGAAGAAGAGGAGAUGGGGGUUGAGAAUGGGGGGAAUGUUUUGGCUGGCAGGGUCCCCCCUCCAUUCCCUGGAGUUUGGGGGAAGGGGAAUCAUUAAAGUGCUUUCAG